UGCACAUAUUGGCAUCUAGGAGCAGCAGCAUUUUUGAAAUUGAUAGCUAGCAUGGAAAGUAUUCAAGUUGGCUCUAAUGCACUUAUUUUGGAAGUUCUUAACCGCGAUAACUAUAAACAUUGGAGUUCGCGGUUAGAAACUUAUUUGUUGGCUGAAGAUCUCUGGGAGGUUGUUGAAGCAAUCCCGCCAAAACUCGAAGAUGAUCAAGCCGAAUAUAAGGCUUGGACCAAAAAGAAUGCAAAGGCUUUGUAUGCAAUCCAAAAUUCAUGCGGGAGGGAGCUGUUCUCUUUCAUAAGUGAAAUUAAGAUGGCAAAAGGCGCCUGGGAGGCUUUGGAACGAGAGUGCAAACCUGUGCAAGGAUAUGAUGAGAACAAUGCCGACCACUUAGUGCACUAUGAAUCGUUCAUAGAAUCAUUGAGCAGUGGUGAUUGGGAUAAGGCAAAGAAGUGUCUUGGAGAAGUUGAUGUCCGUAGUGUAUCAGUAGUAAAAACAGUAUACAGAUAUGGCGGAGAAAUAGCUCUUCAUGUAGCAGCCAAGGAAGGGCAUGCACAUAUCGUGAAAGAGUUGGUGCAUUUGAUGACACAAGAAGAUUUGAAAACAAAAACCGCACAAGGUCACACAGCUCUUCACGUAGCAGCAGGGAUGGGGCAUGUGCAUGUUGUGAAAGAGUUGCCGGUGCCGUUGAUGGGAGAUGUAAAAGACAAGGAUGGUGACACGGCUCUUCAUAUAGCAGUCCAAGAAGGGCAGGCCGAUGUUGUGAAAGAGUUGGUGUUGUUGAUGAGACAAGAAGACUUGAAAAUAAAAAACGAUGCUGGUUACACAGCUCUUCACCUAGCAGUCAAUAAGGGGAACGUGCCUAUGGUCAAAGAGUUAGUUACAAAAGAAAAAGGUGAGAAUAAUAUUGGCGACGACGACUUUGAGCGUUAUAUACCGUUUACCACCUAUGUGCAAAAUGGUGAUUGGGAUAAGGCAAAUGAGUGUCUUAGAGAACUAGAUAAUCCAUGCAGUGCAAUAACAACAGUAGAUCCAAGAGACGACUACCGAGACACUGCUCUUCACCUAGCAGCCCGGGAAGGGCAUUUGGAUGUUAUCAAAGGAUUGGUGUUGUUGUUGAAAAUGAGACAAGAAGAUUUAGAAUUGAAAACCGCUGAAGAUUUCACAACAUUUGGUUCUGAUAUAACUUUAGGGGUCAGUGAAGAAUUCCUCACGGAAAGGGCCAAAUACAUGGUUGAACAGUGUGAGAGAACACUUGGCAGCCUUUUGGAGAUACAAAACGCUGAAGGGUCCACAGCUCUUCACCUAGCAAUACUGCAGGGGUAUGGGGAUGUUGUGAAAGAGUUGGUGCCAGUAAUGAGAAAAGAAGGUUUAGAAAUAAAAGACGCUGAUGGAGACACAGCUCUUAACAUUGCAAUCUUACAAAGGCAUGUGGAUAUUGCGAAGGAGUUGGUGCAAUCGAUGAGACAAGAAGGUUUGGAAAUAAAAAACAAAGAGGGUUCCGAUGCUCUUCACCGAGCAGCAUUGAAGGGAUAUGUAGAUAUUGUGAAAGAGUUGGUGCCAGUAAUGAGAAAAGAAGGUUUAGAAAUAAAAGACGCUGAUGGAGACACAGCUCUUAACAUUGCAAUCUUACAAGGGCAUGUGGAUAUUGCGAAGGAGUUGGUGCAAUCGAUGAGACAAGAAGGUUUGGAAAUAAAAAACAAAAACGGUUCCAAUGCUCUUCACCAAACGGUCAACAAUAGGCAUAUGCAUUUUGCUAAAGAGUUGAUGGCAUUGAUGAGACCAGAGGCUUUGGAACAAAAAGACGGUGAAGGUUAUACAGCUUUAAGUAUUGCUAUUUUAUGUUUCAAGGAUGGAGACGUUUGCGAAAUGGCUAAAUACAUGGCUGAAAAGAAUGUUAAAGUACUUGGCAUACCCUCCGCUCCCGAUGAUGAGAUUCCAGUUGUCAGAGCUUGUCGUUCUAGUAAAUGGAAGUCGGCUCGCUAUAUGUAUUCUGUCACUCCACUUGAAGUGCUCGAGGGACCCAAUGGCAGUGAUCUUAUUUGCUUUUGUCUCAAUUCUAGCAAAACGAUUGAUUUGGCAUGGGACUUGCUUCAACGUUGCCCAAAUUUGGCAUUCACUAUCACUAAACCGCCUGAUAAAACUAGUCCUAUGUUGAAAUUGGCUCGUAUGCAUUUUGCAUUCUUAAGUGGAACACGACUCACAUGCUGGCAAAGGUGGCUUUAUGAUUGUAUAUACAUACGAGAAGUUGAUCAUGUUAACAUUCAUGAUAUAUCUAUAAAUGUUGCCGAAUCAACAGAAGGUCAUAGCAAUAAAAGGGAUUUCAUUUCCUCAGUUAUGAGUUUAUAUAGAAGAUUUGCUAAGAGCCUCUAUAUAUUUUGCGGAAUCCAUUGUAUAUAUGAAAUGAAAUCGACACAUAAGUGGAUCUUUCAAUUUCUACAUUGCAUGGGUGAAGCGACAAGAAUUGAUAAUCUCACACCGGAUCAACUUGACAUGGUGCAAAAAUCAAUCUUCAAAGCUAUAGAACAAGGGCAUCAUGAGUUUGUUACUGAACUGUGUAAAGCAAAUCCAAAACUAAUCUUGGACAUUGAAGAUGAAAAGGGGAGGAACAUAUUUCAUUUUGCCAUCGAAAAUCGUCAAAAAGAGGUUUAUAGUCUUAUAUAUGGGCUUGAAGAAGAAAAGCGACAUGAGAUUGCAGCUUGGUUUUUGAACUCUGGCAGUAUGCUACAUUUUGCCGCGAAUUUAUCCUCACUUCCACAAUUUGAUGAUAUUCAAGAUGCAAGUUUGCAAAUGCAAAGAGAACUACAAUGGUUUAAGGAGGUGGAAAGUGUUAUACCUCUCGACUAUCAUGAAUCUCGAAAUCGUUCAGACAGUAUAACAGCACAUGAACUAUUUACCAAGAAUCACAAGAAAUUGAUAGAGGUUGCAGAAAAUUCGACGAAAGGAACAGCAACUUCUUGUACAGUUGUAGGUGCUCUUAUUGUUACAAUGACGUUUGCUGUAGCUUUCACAGUUCCUGGGGGAAAUAAUGACAACACAGGCCUUCCCUUGGUACUAUAUAGAAAGUUGUUCAAGGUUCUUAUAAUUUCAGAUACUAUAUCACUUGUUUCUUCCACAACUUCAGUGAUUACAUUCCUGGGAGUACUCACUUCACGUUAUGCAAAAGAUGAUUUCCUCAAAUCUUUGCCCACAAAGAUGAUGAUUGGCCUGUUCACACUUUUUUUCUCUAUUGCCACCAUGAUGAUUGCAUUUUCUUGUGCACUUGUCAUUGUGCUUGACGGAGAAGCAUGGAUUGUUAUACCAAGUAUUUUGUUUGCUAGUGUUCCAGCCAUAUCAUUUGUAUGGUUAUUGUUUCCUCUCCUCGGAAAAAUUUUCAUGUCUACUUAUGGACCUGGAAUAUUUGACAAAAGAAAUAAAGUCAAACCCUGA